AUGUUGGGAGAAGCGGUAUAUUCAAUUGCUGUAGAGGUGCCGCCUGGUGCAGCCUUGUGCUCUAAUAGGGGGCGAUACUUUGAGCUGGCCGAUACAGGACAUCGAUUAAGAAAGACUGUAGAGGAGGUCCAGAACGAUCUCCGAGAGAUCUUUGUCGGCAUACACCUACUUGCUAUCUCUGGUGCAGCCGCCGAUCCUGAACACGCUUUGUUGAAGAUAGAAGUUCAAAUAAGUAAAGUCGUCGACCUCCAGAGCAAUCGCUUUACACAGAAGAUGAUGGGUUUGCCAACUCAACAACACGACAGUCUUGCCAAAGCAGGGUGGCGUUUCGACCAUCAAAUCUUCCAAAAUCUUGCUACUUUGGAAGUGUCUUGA